AUGGCGGACAGCUUCAGAAACGCGAUGAUCAACCGGUCUCUCCGCGACAUCAAGAACAACCUCGAAUUCCUCGUCGAGUCCAACGUCCUCACCCCAGCGCAACACGACACCAUCGCAUCCCAACUCCCCGUCUCAGCGGAAAACAGCGCGCGCGCCCUCCCCGCCGUGCCCUCCGCCCAACUCUCUGCGAUGAACAUCCAGAGCGAGCCCACGCCUCCCCCCGAGAAGAAGAACCCAGCAAACAUCGGCUACUACGCCGACACCCCCACCAACGCACCACCCCCAGCCUACCCCUCCGUCCCCGCCACACCCGCCGGUCCCCCCGUCCUCGCCCACGCCUCAGCAAUGUACCAGUACAACGCGCAAGACGCGGGUGAUCUCGCGCUUAUGCCCAACGACAAAGUCGUCGUGACGGAGUACAUGAACAACGAGUGGUGGAAGGGACGCAACGAGCGCACGGGUAUGGAGGGUAUCUUCCCUGCUAGCUACGUCCGCAAAGAGGAGAAGAGCGUUGUUCCUGCUUACAAUGCGGCGCCUGCACCGAGUAACUACGGUAACAUGCCGUUGGAUGUUGCGAGUGGUGCGCAGCAGGGAGGACAGGUGCAGCCGGCGGGUGAGCCGAGUAAGAUGGAGCAGAAUGGAAAGAAGUUUGGUAAGAAGUUGGGGAAUGCGGCGAUUUUUGGUGCGGGUGCUACGAUUGGUGGAAAUAUUGUCAAUUCGAUUUUCUAG